GUUAUCGCGGCAUUAUGCUAGUAACGUGGUUCGCUGUAUAACUUUUCUAGAUAUAUAGAGUAAAUAUAGAUGUUCGGCGGCGUGUUGCAGCUUAAAAAUGAACGAUGGAACUGAAAGUGAAGACAGCUCCUAUUUCAUGGAGGUUUACGACCGAAUUCAUGCAGUUGAUCUCGUCUUAAGAGGUAGUGACCAUCCAGACAGCAUCGAGAUCUCUCCAUCUAAAAUUCAAACCAAGAAAGGGGAUGGCACAGUUGAGACUUAUCCUUUAGUUGUGAACAUUGAACCUACAUCAUGUACAUCUAUUCAAAAACAUAUGAAUGAAGGUAUUGGUAUGCGUUUACAGCUCCGCGACUCAAAUCCUGAACCUCAGACCAGUUUGUUAAGUACAACAGUGAAGAGAGUUUCAAAUGAAAUCAGUCGUCUCGAACGUGGGUCAAGCCAGUGUGGCUGCAAAACUUGUGGUCUAACACUGUUUGUUAAAAAUGUGAAAUUUAACCGAGUUCUGCCAUUACCUUCACAAAGUUGGAGAGAUCUCUUUAACAAUUGGUCGUGUUGUAGUCAUUCACACAAACAAAAAGAGAGCAACAAAGAAAAAGUGACAACGCCAGCUUUUGUUACAAAUGGAGUAUUAAAACCACGUGAAAAUGAUUGCCUUAUCAGCGACUUUCAUAUCAUGGUGCACACUAAGACAGUGGAGAGGAAAAAUAUUUUACUUCGAAAAUUGGACUACCUACCAAAAGAGGGAGCUCUUACCUCAAGAGAAAUGAAAUGCUCUCGUUGUCGGGCUGUGCUUGGGGAAGCUGUUGGUUAUGAGAAAAGCACCAUAGAAGCAUACAAGCUUAACAAAAACAGCAUUGAGGUUCUAUCACUGAGAAAACACCUAUCUGAGACGUUUGUAAGGCCCGUCUUUUUCAGUGAAUUCUUUCUUGAACGAAUCCUUGCACAGCAGCUGUCGAACGCGGUUGACGUGCAUGCGACCCACAUGUUUAUUGUGCAAGACUUGAAUGAGAAAGUGCAUGUGCUGAUUCGAGUGAUGAACACAAGCACAAGGUUGUAUGUAAACAACGGAAAAUCUGUGAAUGAAAUCACAGAAUCAACCCGGGAGUUUUGCAGCAUUUCUACAAAUGCCAGAAUUCAAUCAAGUAACGUGAAAAUGAAAAAAGGAAAAUCAACAACAGAGAAUUCUGGUGUAUGUCACCAUGGCAAUGGAGAUGGGCAUGCAAGCCACAGUAAAGGCAGACAAAGUCGACAGUUCACGGAAAUUACUGAAGAAUCGGAUCAAGUUGAGAACGAUCGCAUAAGAAGGGACGGCCCUCCCUGUAUGCAGGGGAAUAAAGUUGCUGAAGUCAUCGAAAAAUUAUUUUCAUUUUCAACUCAUCUUAUCUCAAUAGGGCGUACAUGCAAUGAGAUACGAGAGGCCGAUCCAACUGGUUGCGAACGUAUUGUGAAAGUUAUGUAUGCAAGUACAGACAAUCCAAAAAUGAAACAGCAAACAGCCAAGUGGUUAAAAGACGAACGGACCCUCACACUUACCUACCCACAUGAAAUAUGUGUUCAGAUGUUGCUUGUACUUGUCUCCAGCACUCUUACAAUGCCAGUAGCAUAUCGUGUGUUCGGUGACUUUGUGGUCGGGUUUUUGCGCCUUGAUUGACAGAUCGUUUAUUUUAAAAAUCAAUAUUCCAAAAUUUCCAUUCCAGUUUAAAAUUUAUUUAAAUUCCAAAACAAAAAAGCUGGAUGAAAAAAAUAUUGCAGUUUGAAACAUUUAUUAGAAAUAAAUGAAAUUUUCACUGCAGUAAGAGCUAGUCUAGUAUAGCUAACGCAUAAAAUAUUAUUUAUUCAAUAUGUUCCACUGAGUGCUGACAAUACAACUAAACGCUAGCGUGUAAUUUUUAGGUCUGAAAUGUGUUAAAUGUUUACAUUAUAGUUAAUUUUGCAAAGCUGCCUAAAUCUAUAAACUGCUCUUUGUUGAACAACUGCUGCUGUUAUAAAACGUGCUGUUUGGAUCGUUUACUGUUCAGUUUAUAAUUUUUUUUAUAAAACUUGUUUCUUUGCCAAAUAAACGUUUUCAAUAAA